AUUUUAGGCACUGAACUUGGUUUUACCACAGGUUGCAAAAGUAUAACUUUUUUCCACGAAAAUAUUUAGAGAUACGAAACUAUCAUAUUGAAAUUAGUAUUUUCCACACGGCAGCACUUGUUCUAGCCUUGUAGGUCCUAGGAGCAGCAUUGAAUUAGUCGUGCUAUUAACUUUCAGACAAGGACGCUUGUGGAAAAUUUGUGCAGGGGACCUGCCUUGCACCGCUUCUGAAGCACAAAUAUAACAUACAAAACGCAAGUCCUUUUCCUAGUUUUAACUUCCAGACAUGGACCCUUGUGGAAAAAUUGCGUAGGAGACUGACUUGCAUACAGCUUGGAAUUGACUGGCAGUCACCCAUAAAAUAAAAAUUGUGUGUACCUCAGUUCCGAUUGAGAUAAAAGAGUUGUGCAACCAGGUAGCCACACUUCAUUACUUAGAAAGACACACAAGAAAAGAGAAUUUCUCGUUCAGUUCUCGUAGCCAUGCCCAAUGCCAUUCGUCUUUUAUCCUUUCUUCUGUACCUCCUUUAUCUCGGCCUUAAUCUUUCAUCCUUCACCACCGGUGAUGGUAUAUUCGUGUACAGUGGCUUCCGUGGUACUGAAUUCACCGUAGAUGGGAAAGCCCAAGUCCUCCUACCAGAGGGGUUGCUCCAGCUGAGCAAUGGAACGGAAGCUGAAGCCCACGCCUUCUACCCUACUCCGCUACGCUUCCGCAAGUCACCCUAUGCUGCUGUCCAAUCCUUCUCCGUCUCCUUCAUUUUUGGUAUCAUCCCUGACCCUGGGUACACUGAUUAUAGUCCUCAUGGUAUCACUUUCUUCGUUGGCCCGAACAAGAAUUUUUCUAGUGCGUAUUCGGACCAGUACUUGGGCCUUUUCAACUCCACGAACAACGGCAAUUCGUCCAACCAUGUUUUUGCUGUUGAGCUCGACACCAAUAUGAACUCUGAGUUCCGAGACAUCAAUGACAACCAUGUUGGCAUCAACCUCAAUAGCCUUAUCUCUACGACAUCCUCUUCCGCAGGCCACUAUGAUGACAGGAGUGGCUACUUCCAGAAUUUGAAGCUGAUCAGUGGUGAAGCGAUGAGAGUCUGGAUAGAGUACAAUGAAGAGGCCUUGCAGAUUAAUGUAACUCUGGCUCCAUUUAACAUGGCCAAACCUGUCAGGCCACUAAUCUCAGCCACAUAUAACCUCUCAGCUGUGCUGACAGAACCUUCAUAUGUUGGUUUCUCAUCCACAACGGGGCAACUCAGGUCGACACACUACAUCCUAGGCUGGAGCUUUGGCAUGAACAGAACAGCUCCAGCCUUGGAUAUUACUCGGCUACCACGGUUGCCUCACAUAGUUCGAGAGGCUAGUCAGAAAAUGGUCUUGGCGGUCAUCCUCCCUAUAACAGUUGCCACAUUUCUCAUUGCAAUUUUCUUGAUUGUGUUGCUUCUUGUGCGAAGGCGAAGGAAGUAUGCCGAGGUGCAAGAAGAUUGGGAAGUUGAAUUUGGACCUCACAGGUUCUCACUGAAGGAUCUGUUUCGUGCCACUGAAGGGUUCAACAAUAGGCACCUCUUGGGUAGAGGAGGAUUUGGGAGGGUGUACAAAGGGGUUCUUCCCAAGUCUAAGUUAGAGAUUGCCGUCAAGAGGGUGUCUCAUGAAUCACAGCAAGGUAUAAAAGAAUUUAUUGCAGAGGUUGUGAGUAUCGGACGCCUUAGGCACCGAAACAUCGUGCAACUACUUGGUUAUUGUCGCCGUAAAACUGAACUCCUUUUGGUCUAUGACUUUAUGCCAAAUGGUAGCCUUGAUAAAUAUUUAUACGGCAGUGGUGAGCAGCCAAUUUUAGAUUGGAUUCUGAGAUUUCGGAUCAUCAAAGGUGUUGCAUCUGGUUUGCUGUACCUUCAUAGGGAGUGGGAGCAAGUUGUUAUCCAUCGUGAUGUGAAAGCAAGCAACGUGCUCCUUGAUGAAGAAAUGAACGGACGGUUAGGUGAUUUUGGCCUCGCAAGGUUAUACGACCAUGGCACUGACAUGCAGACUACACACUUGGCCGGCACAAUUGGAUAUCUUGCACCUGAGCUAGUACGCACGGGUAAAGCUUCCCCUUUUACUGAUGUUUUUGCAUUUGGCAUAUUUGUUCUUGAGGUAACUUGUGGACGGAAACCUAUUGACCACAAGAUGCACAACAACCAGCUCAUGUUGGUCGAUUGGGUGCUUGAUCUUUGGCAUGAAGGAUCCAUUACCGAUGCAAUGGACUCGAAGCUCCAGAACGACUACGAUGCGGAUGAGGCGUGCCUAGUACUGAAACUAGAGUUCUUGCCAACUGACAUGGUGCAGAGUGAAAGGAUCAACCCACAUGUUCCAUAUUAUCAGUCACUGGCGAGCAAUGGCACCAUGUCUGGCCUCUCGGGAGGUAGGUAGCAAGUGCUUCUUAGUGUGGGGGAUAAAUAAGAUGGAAAAUAUUGCAAAAUUACGUCACAAAGAUCUUCCACGCCAUAAGCCUCGUGGUUUCUUGGUAGAAAUUGAAGAGUUGGUUUUGCAGAACAAAAAAAGCAAGGACCUCUUGAAUGGAUGCCUUUGGUCUUAUAUAUAAAGCCGGGCCCUGGUGUGUCUAAAAAAAAACGGAUGCCUUUGGUCUCGUGAACGAAUCAUAUUCUGUUGAACUUCAUUUUUUUAACUAGUCACUGUUGCAGCCUUUAUGUCUUGAACAAAUCAUAUUCUCUUGAACUUCAUAUUCUCUUGUGCCAA